GAUAAUGACUAGCAAUUUUAAUCAUGGAGUUUUCUCUGGCAUUCCAUGUGCAACAAUCAACUCUUCCCACUUAUUAUUUAAACAUUACACACAUAUAGUAAUAUAUAUAUUAACCAAUUCCCCUUCUUUUCUUUCAAAACAAUCUAACAUUGUACUUUGAUCUAACAACCCCCCACCCUCCUCUCAACCAUAUAUAUCCUUAAAUUCAUCUAUCUUUUCCCUAAGUUUGAGGAACAAAACUAAAAUAAAACUCUCAUAUAUCCUUUUUGUGGCUCAAGAUGAGUAAUCUUACUUCUAGUCCCGUUCCUUGUAGUAGAUCAUGGUCAAUUAGUGAGGACUCAUUGAGAAGAUAUGUGUUCUAUGCAAGUGAAAAUUGCAUCCAAGAAUUAUUAUCAGCUUCAGAUUCAAAAAGUUGUAACGAUGGCUGGAAAAUACUUGGCGUAGAUAACGGCGUUGAGAUAUCUAAACGCCGUUCAGGUUCACUUCACACUUUCCGUAGCCGUUGGUUACUCAAAUCUGUCUCUCCUGAACAAUUCAUCACCGUAGCUAACGCCAUCGAUGCUGCAAGGCAAUGGGACGGGGACUUAGUAGAAGCAAGAUACAUAAAGGAUUUGGAAGAUAAUUUGAGUAUUAUACGUCUUAGAUUUGGGGAAAAUUCCAAGCCUUUAUUCAGAAACAGAGAAUUUAUUGUCUAUGAACGUCGUGAAACUAUGGAUGAUGGAACACUGGUAGUAGCAGUAGCUUCACUUCCAAAAGAGAUAGCAGCAGGUUUGCACCCAAAGCAAAACAAUGCAAUAAGAGGUUUAUUGUUGCAAUCUGGAUGGGUUGUUGAGAAAAUUGACCAUGAUUCUUGCAUGGUCACUUACGUUGUCCAGUUGGAUCCAGCAGGAUGGUUACCAAAAUGCUUCGUGAAUCGGUUGAACACAAAGUUGGUUAUGAUCAUUGACAACCUUAAAAAGCAAGUGCUUUCUAGCCCUACCAAUAGUGAUGAUAGUACUUGAUU